GAGGCGCGUGCGUGAGGGAUAGCGCAACUCUUAGAGACGGGACUUUUCGUGUGUUUAACCGCCCAGAUGAGCAUCAAACUUUCACCAGGAUAGGUUCUGACAUUCUGAAGUGAAAUCUUCAAAAUGCCGUGGCUUGUGUAUCAAUUUUUAUACAGUUUAUUGGGGCUUUAUUUCGCGAUGAUGCUCGGCGAGCGCUCUGGAUUAGUUGCUGGGAGUGUGCCGAUAUCCAUCUACUGGAACUCGAGCAAUGAAAUAUUUAAAAGCAGUGCUAACGAACAUAUUAUAGAAGUCAAGUUAGAAGACAGUGUAAAUAUGGUUUGUCCUCAUUAUCCCAAGGAUACGAAGGAUGAGGACAUGGAAUUUUAUAUUAUUUAUAAUGUUGAAAAAAUUGAAUACGAUAUGUGUAUAUUAGGCGGUUCGCGAUCGGCGAUAUCUUCGUUACUAAGGUGUAGUAAACGCACGAUAACUCACCCGAGACAGUAUACUAUGUUAAUCGAGUCAUUUCAUGCCAUCCCAGGUGCUUUAGAGUUUCAAGUAGGAAAAGAGUAUUAUUUUUUAACCACGUCUGUGGGUCCAAAAGAAGACAUAUAUAACCGUAAUCAUGGUGCAUGCAAGGAGAAAAAUAUGAAAUUGAUUAUAAAAGUGAUACCAGAUUCAUCCACCACAAAACCACAUAUCUCGAAUAAAGCUACGAUAAAGUCAAAAACGACCACAACAACAGAAGCCGAUUGGUCUAAUCUCAUAGAUAGCACGUUUCCAACAAAAGAACCUCCACGAUCAACGCCGAAGAUGGUGGAUAAAACGGACAAAUAUAAGCCAGAUCCAGUGAAUGGCAACGAAGUCCCACACCAGGCCCAGAUCGGGGCAGCAUCACACGGAGAAGAAAGACUUUCAAAUAUUCUACUUAUGUGCUCAUUAAUAUUCGGACUACUUUCGUGGCUGCGGACAUUACACAGAUAGUGUUAAGUGUGGACACUAGAGGGAGCACGGGUGAAUCCAGGGGAGUGAAAGUGAUGAAAUAAACUAAAGAUGAAUUUUUUGUAGAAAAACAUGCUGAGAAAAAAAAAAUUGUAAAAAGUCAACUUAAUGAGAAAAGCAAGAAAAACUGACAUUAUGAGAAGCAUAUUAGUUACUCUGAGCAAAUGUAAACAUACCUGGACAUAUAUUUAGAUACUUCUCUAAUUAUUUCCGUAUUGAGCUCCAGUUUUCUCACAAAAAACACUCAAACAGAUAAUUUGAAGCGUUUUCGAGUGAUUAUUUCAUCGCGCGUUCUUACAACUCUGGAUUCACCUCUGUAUUUUUUAUCAUUGGUGCAUUAAAUUAAGAUUGAGGCUGUAAAUAUUCUUGUCUAUAUCGUCUAAUUAUUACUGUUCAUGUUAAUAAUAGGUGGCGCUAGUGUGCCACCAGUUAAAAAUGGUAUUCAAUCGAUCAUAAAUUCAUCAUUCGUCAUGACAUAAAUGUUCUGUGAUUAAACUCGAUGUCGCGUUUAGGCCACAUCCCAGCUUGACAAUUCAUCACUAGAGGGCUCUUUCGGGCGGAAACGUUGAUUCAUAAUGGAUGCGGAUGUUCUUACGGAUGUGGAAAGAAAGGGAACAUUUCAACAGAUGUCUAGUCAGAAUUUCGUGAAACUUCACCUGAAGACGUGGGUUUACUUUCGUUUAGUCGGCGAGAAAUUUUCCUCAAGAAUGUCUCGAUUUUCAUGCCUGUUUGAAAAAUGAUAACCGUUAGGAGUCCAUUUCAGCCUCAUUUUCAUGGAGUUUUAUGUACAUUUCAGUACAAAUCAGUACAUUUAUGUGUAUAAAACUCUGGUGGGGUUGUGGACUUAUUUUGUUUUCACGGGAUAUAGAAUAUCAUGUCAGCAGGUUGUCGGUGUUUAUGAAACAAUUGUGGCCCUAAACGGAUCUUACAGCAAACCUUGAGUCAUCCUCUACUGUUGGUUUAAACUUCAUAAUUAGUUGACAUCUGCUAACAUAAGGUUCAUUUCACGAGAAAGGGGGGGAUUUUUGCAUCUGGUGAGAAAUUUAUCUAUUCGGCAAAGAAAAACAAAAAUGACAAACCGACAGAUUGCUAUUUUUGUACUUUCCUGGUAAGCUGAUGUUGUGCUUGUAGACUCGGUCGAAGUGUCGUGAAACUUUAAAGUUGCCAUGUCAGAAUAUAGGGGUCACUCUGUGUCGUCCGCAUUGAAAGCUCCAUAAUCACAGUUUGAGACUGUAGGGGUCGUUAGCGAUUGAUCUGCAUUUAUAUGUCUGUACAUAUUCAGCUCUGUGCGUUAUUUAUAGAGAAUAGCAGGUGACAAUUUAGCUUGAAUGUGUAAUUUUUCGAUAUGAUUUGUUUUGUCUCAAAGUCGUGAAAAGAUGGAAUGAGUUAUGGAUUAACGUUCCAUGUAAUAUCAUGGCACACAAAAACAGGUCAUGUGAGGGUUAAAGGGGGAUUAUUGACAGGAGCUAGGGGGUUAAAGUGACAGCCUCCAGGCAGCUUAUGUGCACAGUAAGGAACUUGGUAUUGUUUGACUGGGUGCCUGAUAUUCUUACAAGAAACAUCUUUUUGGCUAGACCAUUCUAUACACCUUUCAAUGGAAGGAUACUUCAUCCAUUUUACUAAACACAGGUGAACAGUUGACAGAGCUCUGAACAUGUUUUGGCUGGGUAGUGCCUCAAACCAGGGUUUUAACAUCCUCCUAUAACAGGCCUUUUGACCAGGCACGUCUCUUAAUACACUUUGUGUAACGAGAAAUCCAACAGCCUUUGAUGGGAGGAUGGGUUGAGACAAGGCUUUGAUGAAGCCGGGUUCAGAUUCAAGAACGUUUGUAGAGGACGCAUCUGAUGUAUCAUCUGCAUUUCAUUCGCUAGGAGGCGCCAGUCCUGAUAGUUUUGGGCGUCUCCUAACUUUUGAAUGUGACAAUCUGAGAGUUGCUAAUAGCGUUUUUAGCAAUAUAGGUGUAGUAUGCCUUGUACAUGAAUGCAGUGUGACAUUUCGAAGCAGUAUUUUCAUGUUAACGAAUCGUUCUAACAUCUGUCCUGUGGACGUGAUCUUCAUGUUGUAAUGACCCUUCCAUCGUCAACAUCAAUUUCGAUGUGACUUUCAUCAUUUUCACUCCGACCUGCAAAAAUAUUGUACACUUUGUAUGUGGUCAACAGUGAAGUUCAUGACUGGUAACUGUUGGACAGCACUGUAAGUUCAUACAGUUAGUCACAGAAAACUAAUCACAAACAUUCGAAGGUUGGAGUGGAAAUGACAAUAGCUUCAUUUGAUCAGGUAUCGAUGUGUUAGCAUUGCUAACCUAAAAAUCGUCAACGUCAGUUUGUUGUAUAUAUUGUAAUUUGAAAACUGGUUAAUUCUGAAAUUGAGCAAGACGGUAAUGAAAAUGAACAAUUUCACCAUAAUUCCAGAAUUGUAAAUUUCCAAAAUACAUAAGUUAUUAUCAUAAAUAUAUUCAUAUAUUCCACUCUGUUUUGUAUAUAAGCUCUUAGAACAGUAUUUGAGAACAUUUUAUAAUGAACAUAUGUUUUCGUUAGGAAUAAUUGUUUUAAUUACUUGUCACAUGAUCAGACUAAGUAAGCUCCCUUUAACGCUCACCCUGUAUUUUCAUGAAUCGCUUUAACAUGUCAAUGGUCAUCUCAUGUAAUAGUCCCUUUAAUUAUUAACCCUUUGAGGAGGGUGAAACUCUUAAAGGGACCACCCAAGCAGCAAACAGGCCGAUUAUCACCCUAUGGUUGCAUUUUGCUGCAUUUAGUCUGAAAAUUUGUGAAUCGUUUAAAAAUCUGCAUAAAUCGAACAAUUGCUUUCCAUGUCAUUUGUAAACUAGAUCAUUUGAAGAGUUGUGCAAUUUCUGCUUUGCUUUUCUGGCGGGAGGGGGUUAAUCUGUAUAUAUUCAUAUAUAUAUUCUAUUUCAAAUUACAUUGAUUGGACAAAGCUAAACAUUCUGUACACAGAAUGUACAUGAGUUUCAAUCAAAGUAAGUUGGAAUAAGGUUUAGUGUAAGUUUGUAUCAUGUCUGUUUAGUGAUGGGAAGAGCAUGACAACAUUGUCUAAAAUCAGUGAAGAUGUAUUUCACUCUAAUUUGAUGACCUGUCACCCCUCUCAAACCGUAAUGGGCUGGUCCAUGUAUUGCUUAUGUGGUAGUUUGAAUGAGUUCAUUACGGAUUUUGGGGUAUGGUGAAUUAUCUCCAUGGGUUAUGUUCACCCUUAUCUAACCAUAAUGGUCUGGUCCUUGUAUUGCUGAUGUAAUGUGUUGGGUAAGUCCAUUUUGGCUAUGAGGGUAAGGUUAAUUAUCUCCAUGGGUUGUGUUCAGGGGAAUUAUUAUACUUCUUGGUGCUUUCUUUACAGGGUGUUUAAAAAAAGACGCAUGUAUGUGAAUCUUUCAUGUGCAAGAUAGUUUGUGUGUUUUCAUCUCUGAACUCUGUACAACCUGCCUUUGUUAUAACACGGUUAGUACAACCUGCCUUUGUUAUAACACGGUUAGUACAACCUGCCUUUGUUAUAACAUGGUUAGUACAACCUGCCUUUGUUAUAACACGGUUAGUACAACCUGCCUUUGUUAUAACACGGUUAGUACAACCUGCCUUUGUUAUAACACGGUUAGUACAACCUGCCUUUGUUAUAACACGGUUAGUAACCAGUGGUGAGGAAAUGUGACAGAUUUCAUACCGUUAAAACCUUUACUCGUGUAACAAAAUCAUUUUGCGCUUCAUCCAAAAAACAUUUAGGAUACCAAAAUUAUUUAAUAUCACCCGAAUCUCUGAACUGUAUGGAAAUCUGUCAUAUUUCAUGUUCCUUCACUGGUUUGAUUCAACUUUCCUUUUAACAAACCAUAAAUGUAUAACUCCAUAAAUGGAUGACUCUGUUGAAGGAGUUGGCCCUUGAUGGUGUUUUCUCUUUAUGAUUUCACUGAUAACAAGAAUAAAAUCAUUCUUGGUGUGAAUUUUGUGUGAUUAAUCCAAUGAACACUUCUAAUUACAAUGAUUAUACUAAAUCACUGAUGAUUUUAGCUCAGUUUUUGUACCAAUUUUAUCUAUUUUGCAUACUCGCCCUUUUGAAUCAGCACCUCAUUUAACGAGGGUAUCCCUCACUCCGAGGUAGCAUUUCCUGGAAAUGUCCUCCCUUUCCCCGAGGUCUUCUCACUGACCAACAGAAAAAUGUUUAAAUGUUAUAUACCUGGAAAAUUCUUACAUUACUGAUACAAUAAAAUAAAUGGAGUGAAUUCAAGUCUUUGCAAAUUUGGUGAGGAGGGGGGAGCUGAUUCUCCAGGGUGACUGGGACACCUUCCUCUAAAAUGCGACCAUGCAUAGUUUUACGUGAUUCAAACAGGGGAAGAGUAAUACUUUGUAAUGAUGUAAGAUUGCAAGACGAUAUUGAUAUAUUUGUUCUUUGUGUUCAAUUGUACAAAUAGGUCCAGAUUAGCGAUGUGCCUUUUGCGCCAUUUUGAAAGCUUUAAUAUUGCAUGGUAUAAUCAAACUCUCUAAGGCAUAUUGCUUUCAUCAUUCUGACAUUAACCCUCCAUGGCCGCUUUGUGGUAUUUGUUGUCAGACUUCUGUUGCUGCCCGUAUUCUUCUGGUUUUUGCAAUAAAUUAAAUUUCCUCCACAAAAUUUCCUCGGUUUUAUCUCAGCAAAAUUGUCUAAAGCUCCAUUAGGGUUUAAUUAGCGGUAAUAUUUUCUGUGCAAUAUUUGAUACCCAUGACGUCAGAUCACGUGACCCAUGAGGUCAGAUCACGUGAGCAGGCCACAGUGCAGUUGCAUCUUGUGAAAUAAUCAUCCAAUCAUCUUUCGUGUAACACACUUAUAGUAUUAGGACAACUUCCUCGAUAAUGUUAAUAAUUUCAUGCACAGAGUUUAAGCCCUAUGAUUGAGUCUACAAAUUAAAUUGUGCCUGUGGUGUAAUUUUGAUACUGUACACUUCUAUUUUUCGAGAAAUUGUUCCUUAUUUGAACUAAUUUCUCCAUAACAAACGAGACACUUUCCUGCAGCGACAUACACUAUAUGAUGUGGAAGAGUUGGCUGGUUGGUUGUCCUGGCUUAUCCUCUGUAUCGAGUAACGGCUUGGAUACGUGUACAAAUGUAUCUGGUUCCAAUAACAACAUGUAACUGUAGUGCUUUAUCUACCAUACUGGUCAGCAGUAACAUCCCCUUUCAUGCCUGACUCUGCACUCUAGACAGGGCAUGUAGACUGUUUUAAAAGCACAUCUUGUGAGUUGGUAUCAAGAGCCAAAGAUAUUAUGUUAGAGGGACAACUUUGGCAUGUGAUGUGUUGGUUUUUCAUUUGAAAGUGGUUUCCAGUUUGGCCGUGACUUCUUGGGCUCACCUGAAAUAAACAAGCCAUGUCAAAACCACUCGCAACACUAGCAAUCAUUUAUAAGGUGUCGUCUUCAGUGUUGCUUGUGGUGGCCCAUGGUGGCAGGCAGGAGUAUUAUCCUCCUAAAUAUCAUGCCCAAAUUGUCCCUUUAAGCCUUGUGUUAACAUGGAAUCUUUGAUUGGAUCCAAUCUGGUUUACGAUAAUCAUAAUAGAAUCCAUGAUGGGCCUAUCAAUGACUCCAAAACCUUCCCCAGUGUACCAACAACAUCUUCAGCCAAGUUGGUCGUUUUCACUUGUACAUUUGGUCCAAUAUGCUGCACUGUAUGUUCACUUGAUCUUGCCCAACUUAAGGUGGUUUGGACCUCGUUGCGAUUAAGCAAUGAGCUAUCAUCAAUGUGUUGUAUAUCUUACAAAGGUGGGCUAAUUUUAUAUGAACAUUUUGUAAAAAAUUGUCGAGGUGUAAAUGAUUUCAGCUGUUUGAAUAAAGAGGCUUAAUUAUAGUAAAUGGAUAAA